AUGGCGAGGGGCGAUUGGGUUUCUUUUUCUUUUCUCUCCAAAUCUAUUGAGAUAUGCGACGGGUUGCCCACCUCUAUCAAGAAGUGUAAGAUCAAGUUCUUCUUUGUAGACGCGUUUGCUUUUGGGCUACCUAUGCAAUUUGAAAGCCGUUUAAAUCGUGAUCAUGACUCGAACCCCGAACUUACUAUAGACGAGCAAUCCACCGUAGACCCAUUGGUGGCUAAUUAUGUUAAAUGGUAUGACCCCAAUGACUCAACUCUCGAACUUCCCAUAUGUCAUCGACAUACCUCCUGUUAUGGCUCUCCGUGGCCAAUCCAACACGCUCCUUUAAUGCAUUCUCUAGAGGCGUAA